GCGGCGUAGAUACCCAAGCUUUUUGCGCAUGUAUGGGUAGACGCUCGUGGCGCGCAGGCGCGUUGACUCAUUCAUUGUUCUAGGCCCUGAGGCCGCCGAAGAGGGGCGUGCGCACUUCGGCCGUUCUGCGCAGGCGCUGCGAAGGGCUGGGUCUCUGCGGUCUGUCUUCCAAGACACACCUCCUUGGAAGAGGGAGUGACGUCAGGUUAAAGCUACCAGGACGGGUCCCAGCAUCUCUAAAUCACCGCGCCCUGGCCUCUUCGGCCUCCGUCUGCCGCGGCCGAGGGGCCGGGCUUCUCAGCUGCUGACCCACUGCCACCGACUGCGCUCUCUCUCGUGGGUCGGCUUUUUGCUCGCCAUGCCUCCGCCGCAGGGUGACGUGACCGCCUUGUUCCUGGGGCCUCCGGGCUUGGGGAAGUCCGCUCUGAUCGCAGCGCUGUGCGACAAGGAUGUGGAGACGCUCGAGGCCCCCGAGGGACGGCCGGACUCCGGGGUCCCCAGCCUAAGAGCUGCGGGCCCAGGCCUUUUUCUGGGCGAGCUGAGCUGCCCACCCGCAGCGCCGGGGCCCUGGGCGGCGGAAGCCAACGUGCUGGUACUGGUGCUGCCCGGACCCGAGGGGAACGGGGAACCGUUGGCUCCAGCCCUGGGAGAGGCAGCGCGGGCCGCCCUGGCCCGAGGGACCCCGCUACUGGCUGUGCGGAACCUCCGUCCUGGGGAUUCACAGACUGCCGCCCAGGCCCGUGAUCAGACAGCAGCUCUGCUGAACAGCGCGGGGUUAGGAGCCGCGGAUCUGUUUGUGCUACCGGCGAACUGCGGCAGCAGCGACGGCUGCGAGGAACUAGAGCGCCUCCGGGCGGCGCUGCAGAGCCAGGCAGAAGCGCUGCGGAGGCUCCUGCCACCGGCCCAGGAUGGCUUCGAGGUGCUGGGUGCAGCAGAGCUGGAGGCUGUGCGUGAGGCCUUUGAGACCGGCGGCCUGGAGGCUGCGCUGUCGUGGGUGCGCUCAGGCCUGGAGCGCCUGGGCAGCGCACGGCUAGACCUGGCCGUGGCCGGCAAGGCUGACGUGGGCCUUGUGGUGGACAUGCUGCUUGGAUUGGAUCCUGGCGACCCAGGUGCUGCGCCUGCUUCGGUCCCCACAGGACCCACUCCCUUCCCAGCCCCAGAGCGCCCGAAUGUGGUGCUCUGGACCGUGCCUCUGGGCCCCACGGGCACUGCCACCACCUCGGCCGCCGCCUCUCACCCAACGCACUACGACGCCCUCAUCCUCGUCACCCCUGGAGCCCCCACUGAGAAGGACUGGGCCCAGGUCCAGGCCUUGGUGCUACCAGAUGCGCCUCUUGUCUGCGUGCGCACAGACGGCGAGGGCGAGGAUCCGGAGUGUCUGGGAGAAGGCAAGAUGGAGAAACCCAACGGCGAGAGCUUAAAGAACGCAGGCGGAGGGGGAUUGGAGAAUGCACUCAGUAAGGGAAGGGAGAAAUGUAGCGCUGGAUCGCAGAAAGCAGGCAGCGGGGAAGGUCCUGGGAAAGCUGGCAGCGAGGGUUUGCAGCAGGUUGUCGGCAUGAAGAAAUCAGGUGGUGGCGACUCAGAGCGGGCCGCCGCGUUAAGCCCGGAGGACGAGACGUGGGAGGUGCUGGAGGAGGCGCCGCCGCCAGCGUUCCCCCUACGGCCUGGCGGACUCCCAGGGCUGUGCGAAUGGCUGCGGCGAGCGCUCCCCCCAGCCCAGGCAGGGGCGCUGCUGCUGGCGUUGCCACCAGCAUCUCCCAGCACUGCCCGAACCAAGGCUGCGGCGUUGCGGGCCGGGGCGUGGAGGCCAGCUCUGCUGGCUAGUCUGGCGGCGGCGGCGGCACCACUCCCAGGGCUGGGCUGGGCAUGCGACGUGGCACUUCUGCGGGGUCAGCUGGCGGAGUGGCGACGGGGCCUGGGGCUGGAACCCGCGGCAUUGGCUCGACGUGAGCGCGCCCUGGGCCUGGCUUCUGGAGAGCUGGCAGCGCGCGCUCAUUUCCCAGGCCCGGUGACGCGCGCCGAGGUGGAAGCAAGGCUGGGCGCCUGGGCGGGCGAGGGCACUGCUGGGGGCGCAGCACUGGGCGCUCUCUCCUUCCUGUGGCCUGCGGGUGGUGCAGCGGCGACAGGUGGUCUGGGCUACCGAGCGGCUCACGGCGUCCUGCUGCAGGCUCUCGACGAGAUGCGGGCUGAUGCUGAGGCUGUGCUGGCACUCCCUGAGCCUGCCCAGUGAGGAGUGGGAGCGGGCUUGGGAGUCCAGACUCUGACAGGGGAUGCCUGGGCUUAAUCCUGGGUGCUUGAAGGGGAUGUGGACUCUUGACUUCUAGCUGGGAUGUGUGACUUCUCAUCACCUGGAUUCAGAGAGUCUGGGGGACAGGAAUCCUGAUUUUUUUUUUUUUUUUUUUUCCUUGAGAGGAAGUCUCUUGUUGCCCAGGCUGGAGUGCAAUGGCGCGACCUCGGCUCACUGCAACCUCCGCCUCCCGGGUUCAAGCGAUUCUCCUGCCUCAGCGUCCGGAGUAGCUGGGAUUACAGGUGCCUGCCACCACGCCUGGCUAAUUUUUGUAUUUUUAGUAGAGACGGAGUUUCACCAUGUUGGCCAGGCUGGCCUCGAACUCCUGAUCUCAGGCAGUCCACCCGCUCCGGCCUCCCAAAGUGCUAGGAUUACAGGCGUGAGCCACCAUGCCCGGCCAGGAAUCCUGGUAUCUUUGGGAACCAUGGUGCAUGACAUCCAGACCCUUCUGUCCUGAAGGGAGUUGGUGGCCCAGACUCUAGCAGGGACUAUGUCUUUGUCUCCUAGGGAGUAGAAACUGGAGUUACUGGGUGUUUAGUCCUCCAGGGGACGGGGGUAGAAGUCCUGUUUCCUAAUUAGUGGGGAGGUGUCCAUAACUGGGACCUGAACUCCAGUAUAGGGGAGGGAGACCUGAGCACCCCCGGGAGCUGGAACUCUUGGGCUUCAGAGCCUCAGAGGGAAACAGGGUCUACAUUUCUCUGGGAGAAAAAACCUGCGCACAGGUCCCCAAGGAGCAGUGGGCUUUGAAUCUUGAUGGGGUGGCAGAGGCCCCUGGGGUCUCAGACUCCGGGGUUCUAAAAUGGCUGUGGACCUUGGUUCCUAAAUCUUGGGUAAGGGGAGGUCUGCAUCUGGAGGAGGGAUCGGGGGCUUGUGGGAGAAAGCUGGAGACUUCUUGAUCUCUCCUGGGGAGUGGAUGGGUUUCUAUCAUUGCCCUCCAAAAGUAUGUAGGGAGGGUGGUCCCACAAAAAUGAGGUGAGGUGGGUAAGAGGUCUGGGCAUGGUGGGCCCUGGGAGUAGCCAGGGACCAGGAAUGAGGCCUUCUGGGUGUGGAAGGGCAGGAAAGCAUACCUCAGAGACAGCUCCUCCAAACCUUGUAUUGGGAUCCCAGCAACUGCCUCUGUGAGUGUGACUGGGAAGGGAUGUGACUGCCUUCAUCUUCUAGGUGCUGAGCAAUUCAGGUGAUCUCUGGGGAGUCUGUUUCUCUGUCUCUUUUCUUUAAGAGUUUCUAUCUUUUUUUGGCCUUGGUUUCUCCUGUUAUUUAACCAUAACCCUUUCUGGCCUUGGUGUUUUGUGCACCCUCCUUUUUGGAAGAACAGCUGUACUGCUGCACUGGUCCAAACACUUCUGUAUGGACACCUUGGGUAUCCCCAAGAGGCUCUGCUUUCUGGUGUACAUAGAGGGUGCUGCAUUGAGCCAGGGGCCCACCAAAUGGGUGGUCAGGCAUUCGAGACCAUAGGAAUAUGCCAGGAGUGAAUGAAGCAAAGGCAGAAACCACAGUGCCUGGAAUGUUCUAGGCUGCUAGCCACAUGUGGGGGAAAAGUUGCAGGUUACAGAAUUCUUCAGUGUCAAAACAGAAAAGGAGGAUCUGAGAAUCCAAGCGAUAGAAUCCCUUUUGUCGUUGACAGAAAGAGCAAAGUCCAGAGAGGGCAGGCUUGAGGCCCAACAGCACACAGUAAGGCCCUGUGGGUCUGGCCCUUGCCUAUUCUCAUUCCCUGCCCCUUCCCAUUCCUGUCCAGCCUGAUAGACUUUCCUUCUUUUUUUUUUUUUUUUUUUUUUUGAGAUGGAGUCUCACCUUGUCACCCAGUCUGGAGUACAGGGAUGUGAUCACUGCUCACUUCAACCUCCCACUCCCAGCUUCAGGCGAUUCUCCUGCCUCAGCCUCCCGAGUAGCUGAGAUGACAGGCAUGUGCCACCACACCUGGCUAAUUUUUGUAGUUUAGUAGAGAAGGGAUUUCACCCUGUUGGCCAGGCUGGUCUCGAACUCCUGACCUCAGGUGAUCCACCCGACUCAGACUCCCAAAGUGCUGGGAUUACAGGUGUGAGCCAUCAUGCCCGCCUGACUUUCUUUCUGAUGCCUAAGUGGCCACCUUGAGUCCUGCCUGGGGACCCUUGCACCUGCUGUUCUCUUUCCUUCAAGGCUCUACUCACAACUUCCUGUUCUACUCUCAAACCUUCCUGUGACGGGCUCAUUCAGAUCUCAGCUCACGUAUCCCCUCAGAGAGGCCUUCCCCUCCCUGACUACCCUAUCUGAAGUAGCUCACAUCCCCCCAUUAUUCAUUUCGGCCAGUUGACUUUCCUUGUAGCAAUUAUUACUGUCAAAAAUGAUCUUAUUUAUUUACCUGUUUAUUGGCUUUUGACCCAUUGCCAGUCCUGUUCUCUGUUGUUCCCCCAGCAUCUAGAACAAUAGGUGCCUGACACAAUAGGUGCUUCGUAAAGAUUUAUUAUUAUUAUUUUAGAGACAGGGUCUUGCUCUGUUGCCCAGGCUGGAAUACAGUGGGAUGAUCGUGGCCCACUGCCAUCUCCAACUCCUGGGCUCAAACGAUCCUCCCACCUCUGCCUACAGAGUAGCUGGGACUAUAGGUACACAGCACCAAAUUUUCUGUAGAGACGGGGGUCUUGCUUUGUAGCCCACACUAGUGUUGAACUCCUGGCCUCAAGUGAUCCUCCUGCCUUGAUGGGAUUACAGGUGUGAGCCACCACACCCAGCCUAAGUGUUUAUUUCAUUGAUCAGUGUCAGAACUAGGAUUGGGAUUUAGAUUGUUGAUCUCUUGCCACAAGAUAGGAAAAUGGAGCAAGAUGAGGAGAAGCAAGCAUUUAAUGGGAGAGAACACCCUUGUCUGAGGUCAGGGACCUGGGAAGCAAGCACGACUUUGCCACUGUCACUGUGUGUUACUUGGACAGUGCCUUAUUUUCCCAUCUGUGAAAUGAAAGAGCUGGAUAAGAACCUUAAAUAGUUUUGAGAUCCUGUCUCCCUUAAAAGCUGAAGACAAGGGUUACUGAUCCAAGGGCAGAUACUCGAGGGAUGGUACCAUCAUCUCCAGCUUGGAUUCCCACUGCUGAUACAAUUUGUCCCUUCAAAGUUGAGAUAUCUACCGUGGGGAGGAGCACUUGGUUCUAUACUGAAUGGCUCCAGGCAUUUUCAUGAAAGCUCUUUCAGCUUUAGGGGAAGAAUAUUCAUCCAUAUCUGUAAUAUCUACACCUCUUUACCCCAUCAUAUUAGUGUCUAAGCCCUGCAAUCAGGCAUGUCAGCCACGUGAUGGAAUGGGAGGGCUGCAGGGCAGCACCGUCCAGUAGAAACAAAAUGCAAGCCACAUAUGUCAUUUUAAGUUUUCUUUUUUUGAGAUGGAGUUUCACUUUGUCUCCCAGGCUGGAGUGCAGUGGCACGAUCUCGCCUCACUGCAACCUCCGCCUCCUGGGUUCAUGUGAUUCUCCUGCCUCAGCCUCCUGAGUAGCUGGGAUUACAGGCGUAUGCCACCAUGCCUGGCUAAUUUUUGUAUUUUUAGUAGAGAUGGGGUUUCACCAUGUUGGUCAGGCUGGUCUGGAACUACUGACCUCAGGCCACCCGCCUUGGCCUCCCAAAGUGCUGGGAUUACAGGCAUGAGCCACCGCGCCCAGCUAAUUUUUGUAUUUUUAUUUUAUUUAUUUUUUUGGAGACAGAGUCUCGCUCUGUCACCCAGGCUGGAGUGCAGUUGUGCGAUCUUGGCUCACUGCAACCUCAGCCUCCCGAGUAGCUGGGAUUACAGGCACGCACCAUCAUGCCCAGCUAAUUUUUGUAUUUUUAGUAGAGAUGGGGUUUCACUGUGUUGGCCAGGCUGGUCUUGAAGUCCUGACCUCAGGUGAUCCACCGACUUCAGCCUCCCAAAGUGCUGGGAUUAUAGGCAUGAGCCACUGUACCCGUCCUAAUUUUUGUAUUUUUAGUAGAGAUGGGGUUUCACCAUGUUGGCUAAGCUGGUCUGGAACUCAUGGCCUCAAGUUAUCUGCCCACCUCAGCCUCCCAAAGUGCUGAGAUUACAGCCAAGUUUUCUAACAGCCACAUUAGAGAAGUAAAAGGAAACAGGUUAAAUUCAUUUUAACAUGUUUUACUUAACCCAGUGUAUCCAAAAUAGCAUUUCGACAUGUCAUCAGUUUUUUAGGUUUUUUUUUUUGAGAUAGUGCUUCGCUUUGUUGCCCAGGCUGGAGUGCAGUGGCACAAUCUCGGCUCACUGCAACCUCCACCUUCCAGGUUCAAGUGAUUCUCCUGCCUCAGCCUCCCGAGUAGCUGGGAUUACAGGCACCCGCCACCAUGCCCACUAAUUUUUGUAUUUUUGGUUAGAGAUGGGGUUUCGCCAUGUUGGCCAGGCUAGUCUCAAACUCCUGACCUCAGGUGAUCCGCCCACCUCAGCCUCCCAAAGUGCUAGGAUUACAGGCGUGAGCCACCGCGCUUGGCGUCAUCGGUAUUAUUUAAAUGAAUUAUGUUACAUUCUUUUAUGCUGUCUUCAAAAUCUGUUGUAUAUUUUACACUUACACCAAAUCUCAAUUACCGUGAUAUAUUUUUAUCUGAAAUGCUUGACCUGUAUUUUGAUUUCAUAAAAUUCAUAGUUGGAGAAGUAGAUUCACAUAUCCAAGUUGUUCCAAUUAUAUAAUAGUUUUCCAAAAACUGAGAUGGGUGUCCAUUUUUUUUAAGUAGAGAUGCAGGUCUGGUUAUGCUGACCAAGUUGGUGGGUUGUUUUGUUUUGUUUUGAGACAGACUCUCACUUUGUCACCCAGGCUGGAGUGCAAUGGCAUGACCUCAGCUCACUGCAACCUCUGCCUCCUAGGUUCAACUGAUUCUCUUGCAUCAGCCUCCUGAGUAGCUGGGACUACAGGUGUGUGCCACCAUGCCCGGCUAAUUUUGGUAUUUUUCUCAGAAAUGGAGUUUCACCAUGUUGGGCAUGCUGGUUUUGAACUGCUGACCUCAGGUGACCCGCCCACCUCGGCCUCCCAAAGUGCUAGGAUUACAUAGUGAGCCACCAAGCUGGUUUUGAACCCCUGGCCUCAAGUGAUCCUCACACCUCAGCCUUCCAAAGUGCUGGUAUUACAGGCAUAGGCCACCACACCUGGCCUCAGCUGUUCAAUUAAAAGUAAAUAAAACUUAAAAUUCUAUGUUUCAUUGGCAGUAGUGCAACAUUAAUACUGAGUAGCCACAUGUGAUUAGUGGCUACAGUAUUGGACAGGGCAGGUACAGAAUACUUCCAUCAACAUAGAAAAUUCUAUCAGUCUAGCUUAGCUAGACUUUUAGGGCUUAGGGGCAGAUAGUCCUUCAACUGACUUGGGCAAGUCACUCUACAAAUGGCAUCUACCUCACAUGGUUAUGGUGAGAAUUCAGCGUAUGUAUGUACAUGCGUGCACACAACAUGCACACACACACAUAACAUAGUGCACCCUUUCCUGAAAAGCCUGACACACGGAGCUCAAACAUGAGUGCCACCCACCCCUGGGCAGCACCAAGAUGGCUCUAGUCCGGGCGCCUUUGUCUCACCCCCAUGCCUUUGCUCGGAGUGUGCUCCUCAUUUUUCUGCCACUUUGACCCUGUCUCUGAUUUGGUCCUGUCUGACAUCACUGCUGUAUGCUUCGCUGCUCUCAAUUUCCUCUGCCCUCAUGCUAGCAGGAGUCAUGCCAGAGAUCAUAUCUGAGAAAGCAAGACAAUUUCGUGUGUGUGUCUGUGCCCAUAGAGGAGUGCUGGUUGUGUUGAUAUAGUUGUAGACUGGUUGUGUUUACACAGUUGUAUAUAUUGACGCCCUUGAGUGUUAUGACUUCUUUUGGGGGUGGUCGCCUUUUAAAUCAUGACUUUCGAUGGGAAUCAAUUUUAGUCUUUGUAAAGACAUAAGGUUGUUGGUAGGCAUCUGUCUCUGGGAGCAUCCAAGCAGAAAAGACGAAGACUCCCUUGUAGACAGAUCACUGGCUACCACUGAAGUGUGUCUGCAUGGCACCACAGGGCUGGAAGACCCUUGAAGGCAGGAAUUCAAGGAAAUGUAUGAUGAAUUUUGGCAUUGCCAUCAGAAGGAUAACAGGCAUGGAAAACUUGGGUGAGUGGGCGAGACAACCUCAUCACCACAGCAGAGUUCCAUACAUGCCUGGAUAAUGAUAGAGGGAUUUGUGUCCACUGCAGUGGGGAACCAUGAAGGACACAUCAAAGGUGUGGUUGGCCUGUGGUGGUCUUUGGAGGAAUGAAUAAAAAUGAAUAGAAAUCCUA